AUGAUGCCUUACAUACAACAAGUAGCUGUUGGAAGAUUACUAGAGUUGAAUGUUUAUGGUCAUGAUUACCCCACAAAGGAUGACAGUGCUAUCCGGGAUUACAUCCAUGUGAUGGAUUUGGCUGAUGGCCAUGUUGCAGCACUUAAAAAGCUUUUCACAAAACAGAAUAUAGGUUGUUUUGCCUGCAACCUGGGGACCGGUAGAGGGACCUAUGUGCUUGAAAUGGUGACUGCGUUUGAGAAAGUAUCUGGAAAGAAAACCCCCAUUAAACCGUGUCGAAGAAGGGCUGGAGAUGCUACAGAAGUUUAUACGUCGACUGAUAAAGCUGCAAAAGAGCUUAAUUGGAAGUCACAAACGGUACUUCUAGGACCGAACAACCAGUAUCUCCCUACAAUUGUUUCUGUAUUUGCUGAGGCUGUUGCAAGAGUCUGGAGAGAUGGGCAGAAGAAGAGAGUAUACAUUUAUAGGUUUUUGAGCACUGGAACUAUUGAAGAAAAGCCUACACACGAGAAAAUCGGGGUAGUUGAUUCACAGUGGAUCAUUCAUCAGGUGGUCCCCUCACUCGGGAGCCAGUCUGAGAAUGGUGAAGCUCCAUGGAAGGGGAUAAGAGAUAGAUGCAGAAGUGAGUGGGCAUUGUUCCAAGAUCGACUUGCAAAUGCAGAUAAAGCUUACUUCAAACAGAUUGGAAGGGACUAA